UGCCGGCUAUUUAGUCUUGUCGUUGCGUUCCGUUGAAUAGGUUUGUUAGCGCUCAGUGUUGUUAAUAUAUAUUUUUUGUAACCGUUUUUGUGCUUUUUUAAGUAUUCAGUAUUACAAAUCAUUUUUGAUCUCAAAUGUCGACCAUCUAACUAUUAAGUUUAAUAAAGUACUGUGUGCGUUACUUUACGUACGGUUUACAACAAAAUUGAUUUUUUGAAAGCUUUUGUAAACGUCGUUACCGUCACCAGUGGUGCACAUGGCGGGCGUAAAUAGCGUAAGUACUUAUAUUAAUGAACCAGACAGUUUGAAUAACUCACCUGAGCACACUAACAAAGUUGACGAUUCGGACGAAUACGAUGAUUCGUUGCAGCAUGUUAUCGACAACGAGUUAACAAAACGUCUUAACGAAUGCGAAACUCCCUCCGAACGCGUCAAGUGUAGUGUAGACAUAAUGUUGGCCGCGGAGUCCGUUCACGGGGCCACUGUUAAAUUAGAUGACGGUCAUUACUCAGACUUUGAGUCUUUAAAACAUAAUGACUACCACAAUCAAAAAGAGUCAAGUGAAAUGUUUGUCCUGUCGGAAAAACUGCACGCUGAAGAGACAAGCGAUAAAGGUCUUGGGUCUGAGAUAGUUGUUGAUUCUGAUACACUAAAAUCUGAUGUAGACAAUGACGGACCGUUGUCUGAUAACAUGAGCAGUGGUUUCGAGGAUGGACUGAUGAGAGAGUUUGUCGAACAAGACCCUCCCUGUAUAGAUUUAGAGGAGCCUCGAAUGUUCACUAGACCUGUUCCAGCUGAUGAAUUGGAUAACGUAACUGAAUUAGUGUUCGAUACAUGGACCACGGCUGACGAGAUCUCAAAAUUCGAAGCUCAAAGUGCUAAGCCUAUCAACGGUGACGAAGAGCCCGAGAUAAGCUUAGGCAUUCCCAAUGUCGUUGCCGAGAAUAACAAAGAGUGUUUUGACAUUAACGCACCAGUUAUAACUAACAGUGUUGCCGAAGUAGUGUCAGAAAAGACGACUGAACAGCGUAAGAGCGUCAAGAAGAAGUCUUCGGCUGUUAACGGCGAGUCGACAGCGACCACCGUAGUCAAGACGAAAAAAACAAAAAAGUCAAAAAAAUCUGACGAGAAAGAGAACAUAUCUGUUCAUAUGAACGGCUUCUCUACGGACAAAAUCGUCGCGGUUCAGAAAAGCACCGGAGAAAAGUUCGACGAAUGUGCCAUUGAAGAGGAGGACGAUCUGUCAAACGUAUGCGUAAGAGACCUCAAAAAAACUUAUUGUAACGAAGCUAACCGAAAAUCAUCGACUGUUAUUCCUGAAGAACCUGUACCUGCUUCAAUUCCAAUUAACGAAUUGAAGCGGAAUUUCGCUCGUGUCGUUGAAAAACGACCGUCUGAAAACACAUCGACAAACGGUUGUAUAAAAUCAAGUUUUGGUAAAUUUGAUCAGUUAGAAAAAAAAGCAAUUCUUCAACAAAGAUCUUUGGAAUCUGAUAAAGGUGACUCUAAGCAGAAUGGAGUUGCUCGUCCAGAAGUCCUUUCCGUAUGUAAGUCAUGUGAUAAAACCGUCUAUGCUAUGGAGCAAAUCAAAGCGGAACGUCAAGUUUGGCAUAAAAACUGUUUCCGUUGUACCACGUGCAAUAAGCAGUUAACAGUUGACAUAUACAGUAGUCAUGAAGGUUUAUUGUACUGUAAACCACACUUCAAGGAAUUGUUUCAACCUAAAGUUGUCGUUGAAGAAGAAGAACCAAUUAAACGCAAGAAACCUGAAAUGAUAAUUCGUGAAAAUCAACCUGCUGAAUUACCACCAGAUGUGGUUAGAGCGAGCGAUAAGCCGGACUUGGGUUUGGAAGAAUUGAGCUCUUUAAAUGUUAAGUCACGUUUCCAAGCUUUCGAAAAUGGUACCACAAAUGGUAAUACAUCUAUGGAAAAAUCUCCAAUUAGUGUAAAAAGGUCACCGAGUAUUUUAAGCAAAAUGGCGAAAUUUAAAUCUAAGGGUAUGGACAUUGGUGUUCCUAAUGAAGCAUUAAAUGGGGCAUAUUUUGAACCAUCUAGUAGUGAAAGCGAAAAUGAAGAAGAUCUAGAAAAAAGUGAUAUUACAAAAAACUGUAUUACCAAAGAAAAACCAAUGAGUUUUGAUAAAAUGGAUUCAGUAAAACGUAAUUGGGAAAUGCGUAAAGAAGAAAUAAAAGAAGAACAUAAACAAGAAAUACAAAAUAUUAGAUCAAAACUAUUUUUGGGUAAACAGGGUAAAAUGAAACAAAUGUAUGAGCAAGCUGUUGCUGAAAGUGAACGCACUGGUGUCAAGCGUGAUGUGAACAUCAAUAAAUCUGAUAAAGCUAAAGUAAUUAAGGAGAAGUUUGAAAAAGGUGAAACAUUAAAAGAUGAAAAUGAAGAAGAAGAUGAAAAUAAUAAGAUAAAUCAAGACGACGAAAUGAGUGUUUUUGAAGCAGGUAUUUCCAAGAAAUCUAGGAGUCAUUUUAUGGAGUUAGAUGCUAAUGUUGCAAAAUCUAUGCAAUCUCCUCCUAUUUCUAACACUAAAAAGGAGUUCACUCCCAGCAAACCCAUAACACCAAUGUAUACUCGUCAAGUAUCCGAAGAUGUGGUCAAAAGCAGUGACCGCAUUGAGGAUGUAACUGUAGAAACAGCUGAUGUUUCUUCAAAGUUUAAAUUUUUUGAAACAUAUAAGCCACCUCCAGCUCCUAAGAAACAAUUCAGGAUCACACCUCCAAGAGAAGGCCAAACUAAGGGUGAAUCUCCUGAACGUGAUAUUUAUCGUGAUCCUAAUGUUGUGCGGAGUGAAGAUCCAGUGGAUGAGGCUGCUGAUCUUGUUAAAAGUAAUACUACUACCAAAAUGUUGUCAUUAUUCCGACAGCUAGAGGUAGCUAAACAGGAUGUUCCAGAAGGCCUUAAGCCAUUGAAACGGUUUACUCCUCCACCAGAUUACAAAGAAUCAUCGGGUACUGAAUCUGAAUCUGAAGAAGUUAGUGAUAGCGAAGAAGAAGAGUCAAGUUGUAGUGAGACAAAUGAUGUUGUAAAGUCAUCAAUGAAAAUUGAAGAUGAAUUUUUAAAAAAUGCACAAAAUGCUGCAAAAGCAAAAUCACUUAAAGAAAAGUUUGAGCAUUGGGAACCUGAUAAACACUCCAUGAAUAAUGCUGUAACAAUGCUGGAUUCAGAACAAGAAAGUAUUGAAUCUACUAAAUCUCUUCGUGCUCGUUUUGAAUCACUCAAAGCUGAGCAACCAGUUGAAAAACCCAAACCAAAAGUUAACAGAUUUGUGGUGGGAGGAAGAGUGCUGCAUAGAAAUGUCUAGUGAUAAAAAUAACAAAACUUAUAUCUCACCUUCAAUCAUAUUUUAAGUUGUUAAUAACAUCUGAAAUACUGGUCCAAAAUUUUCUUUAAUAAUACCAUUAUCUAAUUAAUAAUCUAAUUCAAUAUGUAUGUUUCAAUCUAUAAAAUAAAGUUGAUACUCUUACAAGACAUAUGUUAUAAACAUAAUAAUUACUUUAUAAUUGAUAAAUUAAGAAAAAUAAGUAACUAAAAGAAACAGACAAAAAAUUCUCAAUAAUUAUCUUAUUUUGCAAUUAUUGAAUUGGUCAAUGAUAAACGAGUCACUCUGUAUUCUUAGUAAAACACAAUGUAUGGUUUAAAUAGCACCAUAUCUUAAUUCCUAAUUGAUACAGUAAAUUAUUUUAGAUAAGUUUUAAGUAUGUUUAUACAUAAAAAUCCAAAUUAAUAUUACUAAAAAGAUUAUUUUUCAAUAUAAAAUCUUUAAACUUGAUUAAAAAAUACAAAAAAAAUAUUAUUAUUGUUUUUAAAUCUAAUAUUACUUUUUUAUUAUUUUUUAUAGAUAUACUUUUAGUAUAACUUAUUUAAAAAAGUGAAAUAAUAAAAUAAAUAUUUUGGUAAAAAUUUAGAAUAAUGCAACUUAGUUAAUCUUUUUACAUGUCAUUAGCAUAGGUUCAAAAUAUAAAUUUUUAAAAAGGCUAUUUGUAUUUUACACCAUACAAAAUUUUUGUUAUAUAAUAAUGAUAUAAUUAUAUAAAUUAGAGGUAGGAGUUUAUUUACUAUAUUUUGAUGGUUAAGCCACUCUGAAUUCCUUCAAUUUGUGUCUAGGAUUAGAAUAUGAGUUUUAAAUGAAUGAUAUUACACCAUGAUUAAAUUGAUAAUUGUCUUUUAUUUUUUGGUAAUUGAUUGUUUUGUUAUCGUACAUUUGCUGUGGAUUUUUUAAGUGACUAAUUAUUUAAUAUAUUUUAAUUAAUAAUCUUUUUUUGAUGUCAAAUAAUUUUUUUUUUCGUAUUGUUUGUGAAACAACAAUAAUAUGUUGCUUAACUUAUUAUUUACCACUCACUAGUACAUUUUGUGUGUUCAAUCAAAUGUUAACCUGUUUUUUUCUUAACCAAUUAACCAUGAUUAGUGUGAAUCACAAUGCAAUUAAGGUGAGUUUGUUUAACAUGUAUUUAUUUCUAAAUUAAUUUUCACUUAAAAUUAGUAGAUAGCUUGAAGUGUUGUGUUAUGUUAUAACUAUAUUUUUGCAAACAAUUAUUAAUGAUUUAAAUUUAUUUUAUUAUUUAUUAUAUUUGUCUUAAAAUUAAAUAAAAAUACUAAAUGGUUUUUAUUAUUAAUAUUAAAUAUAAUAAAUUACAAAACUAUUUAUAUUUUUUUAUUUUGAAUCAUUUAAUUAUGCUUCAAUUAAAUCUUUGUUACAGUGAGAAAAAAGUCUAUGCAGUCGUUGAAGUAAUUAGUGUA